ACGGAACUGCAAGAGUUGUCGCGCGAAAUUGCACUUACGAGCCUACAAAGGUAGGGAUAGAGAGCGUUUUUCAUAUUCGACAAUCGUGCAUAUAGUGCUCCAAAUUUACACCUAGGUCACACGACGCACGUGAAUCACUCUUUAAAAGAAAAAUAAUUUUUGGACAGCUCAUUUUCCCCUUGAACAAGUGGAAUUUUCGAUUACAGAACAAAACUCAUUUUAAGGUUACGUCCUUCGGCGCUUUCCAUGCAGAGGUGACUUGGUCGAAAACUGAAAACACGGAAGAGAGAGAGACAGAUUCAUUAAUCAGUAAAGAUGAGUGACGAAAACAAAGAUUUCACUCAACAACAAACUGAAACCGUUGAGCCUUCGCUUAACGAUCUCGAAAAGCUGGAGGAGGCAAAACUUAAAGCCAAAUUCCCAGGUGUUUCUGGCAGACCUAUCGGUGGUCACUCGGCGUUUUUACAGAAGAGACUAGCCAAAGGACAAAAAUUCUUUGAUUCUGGGGAUUAUCAGAUGGCUAAACAAAAAUCAGCAGCCAAACCCAAGCCAGCUGGAGUGUUGCCAACAGGCGAUGCUAUACCAACCCCAGAAACUGUACCACAACGCAAGACAUCUAUCAUUCAACAAAAAUUCAACACUUCAACGAGUAUCUCAUAAAACCUUUUAUUUAUUUUGUCAUGUUGGUAGGGUGUAUUCAAGUUUAACUAAAACAAAAAGAAAACGUCCAAAUCAUGAAGUCUGGGUGUCUGGAUGUAAGAGUCAUGCAAGAAGUUUUGCACUUUGUUAACUCUCAAUGAAUUUCCGUUUUCUGUAGAUUUGUAGUCUAAAUCACAUUUUUUGUUUACACUAUUAACUAUUUCUGCGAAUGGUUAUAUAAAGUUUCCCUAGCUUUAACGAUACAAUAGUUGAACUUUGAAAUAGAAAUAUUUUUAUGUUUCAUUCAUUGUUUACUAAAAUCUACCAAACAUAAUUGUUUAUAAGCAUUGCUAGAAUUUUGAGGAAGCAUUUAAAGCUGAAAUAUUUGCUAUAAUAUAAAAAAAAAUUUUACUACUUUAUAGAAUUCUUUAAUUAGACAGUGAACAAAAAAUACUAACAAAAUAGUUAUACAGACCUCUGUUUAUAUCAUUGUAACCUUAUAAGAGUAAUCAAAUCGAAGUGUAAUUUACAAGAUAUAGAGUUAUAUUAAGAUGCAGCCACUGAGCAGAAAACGUUACAACGUUUUAACUCUAAUCUAAUUGUACUAAAAAGAAGUUUAUUAGCAUCUGCAUUUUGGAAUUUGCUGUGAUGAGUUGGAUGAAUCUAUUUUCAUAUUAAGGUUCAGAAUGUCCUAAUAGAUCCAAUACCAUAUUUCAAGUAACUGUAAGAUCUAUCAGUCUUUUGGUUAUUGUAAACUACAUUAUCAUUAGAAA